AUGCAAAGCUACCAAGUGGACUGCAUAAACUUUAUCGGUCUCUACGCAACGCAGAUGAAGGUUUUCUCUAGAUGGCGAGGUUUCUCUUUCACUCCCCAAGAGUCGUUUAGUAACAGCAGGCGCAGGAACCGCUUCGCUCCAGAAAAAACAAGUAGACGUCAGUCAACCGGCCCGACCCCACCAUACCAUCCAUCCCGAACACUCCGAUCCCCCACUCCCUCACCUUUGAACAUUCUCAACCUUGUCGAAUCGUCAACAGCCCAGGUCUAUCAUAGCAACAAGAAGAUACUCGGUCCGAGAGCGAAACAAACAUGGCCCCAUCAUCACUCCUACCGCAACUGCCAGCGGAUGAUUCUAUGCUCUCGCGCAGGUUCGGCGCCGAAACCGCAAACUACUUUUCCGGGAACCCACUGAACCGUGUUUCGUUCCUCCGCGACAACCGAGACUUUCUCAAGGCCGCCUUUGCACAUCCCUCAACCCGCUUCCUCGCGCUCGACAAGCUAGCCCCUUUGGUUCACACGGCCGAGAAGAGAAUCGCCUGGAUCCCCCGGGAGGAUGUCGUGCCGGUAACAGGAUCGGGGCCCUUUGACAAGACAGAGGAGGAUAUGAUCAAAGACUUCAACUCGGAGGAGUCGCACCCUGUCAUAAUACUGCUAGGCUUAGACGAUAAGCAGAAAAUGACUGCGGCCGACCAACAAGUCUUUCAGCACAAGGACUACAAGGGUACCCCUUACUUUGCGGUAGAUCUAACAGAAAACCAGGAUGUGGUCGCCAAACUAGCUUCAAGAGAAGACCUCUCUUUCAACCAAGACCAAAGAAGUCUGGGUUUUAGCCCUGGUGAAGCUGCCAUCUAUGGCCAAGCUCGAGCUGUCAUGGCUUGGAAUGAUAGGAACCCAUUUUGCUCGCAGUGUGGACAGAAAACUUUAUCGGUCCACGCCGGAGCAAAGCGCGCCUGUCCCCCUACAGACAUGGCGGGUGGCGAAAAACGCGACAGGAAACCUUGUGCCAGUAGGGGCACCGUCUCCAACAUUAGUUUUCCCAGGACCGACCCUACGAUAAUCGUGGCCGUCGUUAGUGCAGACGGCACCAAGGUACUGCUCGGAAGGAACAAGCGAUGGCCCAAAUACUGGUACAGCACCUUGGCCGGAUUCCUUGAGCCGGGCGAGUCCAUCGAGGAGGCGACACGGCGAGAGGUUUGGGAAGAGAGCGGCGUCACCGUUGGCAGGGUUGUGUUGCACAGCUCUCAACCAUGGCCGUUCCCUGGGAGCCUUAUGAUUGGAGCCAUCGCGCAGGCGCUUCCUGGAGAUGGCGAGAAAAUAUUCCUCGGCAACGAUCCCGAGUUGGAGGAUGCCAAAUGGUUUACCAUGGCUGAGGUCCGGAAGGCGCUUGCGUCCGGGGUUAGCAACCUGGGACAGUCGGCACCGCCCGAGUACGUCGAGGGUGACCUGAGACUCCCACCGGACACGGCAAUUGCAAAUCGCCUGAUGACUGCCGUUGUGGGAGGCUACAAUGGGGCGUUUCCCAAGAUUUGA